AAAAUCCCAAUUCCUGUGUGAACGGUCUGGAGCUCGUGGGAGCCCCCUGUUGAUUUGGAGUCGGAAAGCAUAUGCUUUGUUUCCUAAUGCAACAAAAAUGUUUUCAGCAUGUCCAUUCUUGCUGAAUUUAUUUUAUGCCUAAGUCAAGCUUUGACUUUAGUCUAAAAUACUUUAAUUAAUAGCUAAAUUGAUGCCAAGUGGAUGAGAAUUCUGCUGCAUUUGUUUGUCAGUGAAUUUAUAAUCAAGUGUUUUUAUUUUUAGUUUAUAUGAAGCAUUAUAUCUGUCUAUCACAUUAUGUACAGGAUGUAAAUUGUAAACCACUUACGAAGCUGCCGACAGCUAAUCACGACGUACAUGUACAUUCUUUUAACACUAGGGGGCGCAUUAGUUCUUGCUCAGGUGUGGGAUGCUAAAUUACAGCUCUAAUAUUGACUUAAAACUGUUAAGUAUUGACUCCAUUUAUGUAAAUUUAAAUAAUGUUUCAGCGUCUACAAUUAUUUAUGUCACUACCUCUUUUUUAAUGGUUUAAAUAACCCGUGAACAUUUUACAUAUAGAAGACAACAGGUGACGGAUUUACUGUUGUUCAGGAAGCAGUUUAAAAGCAGCUGCAGUGGUUUUUAGUAGACUGAAGGACAUGAGGGGUUUUCCGUUUUCCGUUGCGUUCACUCUCCCGACCACAAAAACAAAUGAAAGCUUUCUCGGGUUUGCAGUAUCAUGGGUCUCCUCCUUCCCACCCCAUCCUCACCGCCUACUCUGGUGACAAUGCUGCUGCUGUGGGCGGAGGCGGAGCUCUGUCUCCUAAUAACCUGAGGGACCUGUUCCCAGCGCAGAGGAGCUCCAACCACUGCACCUGUGAACUAUGUCUUAAAAGCCAACCUGUUGGAGGCAACAGAAACCAAGGAUGUGAACUUUCUUCUGAGAUCUAAUUUGGUAAAACAAUCCACCGACCUGUAAAUGUUAAGCUACACCGACUUUCUGAAGCGAGCCGUUAACUACUGAAGAUCAGAAGUUAACUACAAAAUCAGAUUCUUAGAUGUGAUUCUGAAAAUUAUAUCAUAGGUGAUAGUUUUUGUAAAUGCAGAUCAAAACUUUGUCUGAUUGGCUUAAAAGAUAGGUCAUCUAAGCAAUCUAAGAAGUCUUCAAUAAUGGCUACCAACGCCACCAUGGAAGCAGCAGACAUUGUUGUUAUCGUAAUUUACUUCAUCGUGGUGCUUGGGAUCGGCUUUGUGGCAAUGCGAAAAUCCAACCGAGGCACGGUGAGCGGCUACUUCCUGGCUGGUCGCUCCAUGAACUGGUUCGCCGUGGGAGCGUCUCUCUUCGUCAGCAACAUUGGAACUGAGCAUUUCAUUGGACUCGCCGGGUCGGGGGCUGCUAGCGGGUUUAGCGUGGCUGCAUGGGAAUUCAACGCUCUACUGCUGCUUCAGUUACUGGGCUGGGUGUUCAUCCCUGUGUACAUUCACUGUCAAGUCUACACCAUGCCAGAGUACCUGUCCAAGCGAUUCGGAGGAAAGCGCCUGAAAGUGUAUUUUGCAGUUUUGACUCUGGUGCUUUACAUCUUCACCAAGUUGUCUGUGGACCUCUACUCAGGAGCCUUGUUCAUCCAGGAAUCCUUAGGGUGGAACCUUUAUGUUUCCAUCAUCGUCCUCAUCGUCAUGACAGCUGCGCUGACGGUCACUGGAGGUCUGGUCGCUGUCAUCUACACAGACACAGUCCAAGCAAUUCUGAUGAUCGCCGGAGCGCUCUGUCUGACAGGAAUCGGCUUCGCCAAAGUCGGAGGCCUUGAAGGACUAAAAGAAAAGUACAUGCAGGCCAGUCCAAACAUCACUGCCAUUCUUCUGUCUUCACCUAAUCUGACAUACUCUGAAUCCUGUCAGCAUCAUCUCCACCCAAAACCAAAUGCUCUGAAAAUCCUGAGAGGCCCAAAAGAUCCAGAUCUGCCCUGGCCUGGUUUCUUGCUGGGUCAGACCCCUGCCUCAAUCUGGUACUGGUGUGCAGAUCAGGUGAUCGUACAACGAGUUCUGGCCACAAAGAACAUUGUUCAUGCCAAAGGAUCGACCAUCAUGGCAGGCUUCCUCAAAACUCUCCCCAUGUUUAUCAUGGUCAUGCCAGGGAUGAUUUCCAGGGUCUUAUUCACUGACCAGUUGGCGUGCAUCAGCCCAGAGCACUGCAUGCAGGUGUGCGGUUCUGCCGCCGGCUGCAGCAACGUGGCGUACCCUCGCCUCGUCAUGUCGGUGAUGCCCGUCGGUCUUCGCGGGUUGAUGAUGGCGGCCAUGAUUGCUGCUUUGAUGAGCGACUUGGACUCUAUCUUCAACUCUGCGAGCACCAUAUUCACGCUGGAUGUUUACAAAAUGCUGCGAAAGGACGUGUCGCCCAAGGAGCUGGUGAUAACCGGCAGGCUUUUUGUCGUCGCUAUGGUGGCCCUCAGCAUUGCUUGGGUGCCGGUUGUCAUCGAAAUGCAAGGGGGGCAAAUGUUUUAUUACAUCCAAGAGGUGUCCGAUUAUUUAACACCCCCUGUGGCGGCGCUGUUCCUGCUCGGUGUUCUGUGGCAGCGCUGCAACGAGACCGGUGCCUUUUGGGGUGGAGUGGUAGGCUCUGCUCUUGGCGCUCUGCGGUUGAUCUUAGCCGUAGUUUACAAAGAACCGUACUGCGACCAGCCGGAUGAGCGACCGUCCUUCAUCAAACAAAUCCAUUUCAUGUAUGUGGCGGCCAUCUUGUUUUGGGUAUCAGCUAUAACGACUGUCAUUGUGAGUCUCUGCACACCUCCGCCGGAAAAACAGCUAAUCAGAACUACCACUCUGUGGGGGUUAAGGCAGAGAAUGAAGUUUAACACACUAGCAACCGAUCAAGGUGAAGAAAACCUUAACAAAACAAACGCAACUGAAAAUGGAGGUGGUGGUGUUGGUGAAGAAAUGCUCCAUACCGACCAAAAGAACCUCAGGAGCACUGAUGGUAGAUAUGAAAACACUCAGUCGACCAAUGGGAACAUAAUCCCAGCCCGGUCAUCACUACAGAAUGGCUCUUAUGAUGUGAUAGAUGAGCCUAUGCAGGAGGGCGAGGGAGAUGGGAGAGAAGUGAAGGAUGUGGAAGAGGGGAAGGAGUUCCAAUUGGGGGAAGGAGGAGACUCUGUGAAAGUUUGUGGGGGUAUUUGUGGCCCCCGGAAGAAAUCUUCGCAGACUCGGGUCAUCACAGCUCAGGAGCAGGAGAGGAUUGUAAAUAAGCUUCUUUACGAACCUCCCAGAACCCGAAUCAUACUAAACGCAGCACUGGUACUGAUUUGUGUGAUUGGGAUCUUUCUUUAUUUGUAUUUCUCCUUAUAGACAGCAAAAAUUCUCUUAAAACGAGGUCCUAAUCCUAAAUUUAUUUCUUAUCUCCCUGAAUUUACGGUAAAUUUAUGACACCGUGUUGCGGCGUACAGUGCACUUACUCCACUUCAGAUAGUAAUACUUCCAAGUCAUACUCAGAACUUUUUAAAAUGCUUCUCUUUCACGAUAUUGAUUAUUAUUUGUUUACUGUAUAUCGUGGAGUGCUGGCAGCUGGCCAGUCACCAUCAGUGCUUUUUAAAAAAAUUUUUUUAUUGAAAAUAAUCGGUCUAUUUUGUCACAUGCAUCUGACAAUAGUAAUGUGCGUUGCUGUUACAGCUCACAGCUAAAGCAAAUCAGCUAUUUUUAAAGAUUUUCUGUACACAUUGUAAAAGCAUUCCAUUCAGGUACUGUCAUUUUCUAAGAACAAAUGUAAUAUCUGAUGAUCUGUAAGGUAUUUGUUGUAAAACUUACACUGAUGGAUGCAAGUUUGAAUGAACUGAUUGUAAAACAUCAUUGUGAACCCUAACCCAGAUGACUGCCCUGUUUAUUUUGAACAUAAGUAGGUUUGACUGGGUUCAGUGAAGCAGAGGAAAUGGAAAAUUUUGAAGGUUUUUGAUCAGAUGUUCUGACUGAGAUGGAUUAAACGGCAUUGAUGUGAACACACUGUUAGCAUGCAUGGACUUAUUUGGGUACUCUAAUCCUUCCUUGACCACACUUUUAUUUUUACUUUUAACCGUCAUACUUCUCAAGAUUUUUUUACUUUCCAUCUAAAAAAACCCCCCACAAAACAACUAUGAACCACUGAUGUCAGAGAAACCUGUGACAUCAAUUAAAUGCCACCAGGCAAUCACAGGACACCUUCCUGCACCAGUGGAAACUUGCAGAUUUGAAAUGGAAUGUUGUCGACUUUUACACAAGUCCCAUUUGCUGAAAAUUGUACAGCUCACUUUCAGCAACAAGCCAACUCGGAGUACUUUACAAGAUGGAAAGGAAACAACAAACAAGCAAAAAACAUUACAUUGCAAUGGCAUCUCCAAAGAAAUGUCACCAGCAGUUGUCACCUUCUUGAUUGAUUGUUCUUUCCAUUAUUUUGCUGUCAAUAUGACUGUUAACCAGCUUUUUUAAAGGUUCUUGUAUUAAAAAGAAAACUCACCCU